AGUCGGAAGUCGCGCGCGAGUGACCUGCGCCUGCGCGGCUGCAGCCUGAGGGGAGCCAGCUCUGAGGAGACGCCGCUGCCGCUGCCGCCGCCAUGGCUACGACGUUGGCCAAGAUCGCCGAGAUCGAGGCGGAGAUGGCUCGCACCCAAAAGAAUAAAGCCACGGCCCACCACCUGGGGCUGUUGAAAGCCCGCCUGGCCAAGCUGCGUCGAGAGCUGAUCACCCCCAAAGGAGGCGGAGGGAGCGGAACCGGAGAAGGUUUCGAUGUGGCAAAGACUGGCGAUGCCCGGAUUGGUUUUGUGGGCUUCCCUUCGGUGGGGAAAUCUACUCUGCUGAGCAAUCUUGCUGGUGUUUACUCAGAAGUAGCUGCGUACGAGUUCACCACUCUAACCACAGUUCCAGGAGUGAUCCGGUACAAAGGAGCCAAAAUACAGCUUCUUGAUUUACCAGGAAUUAUCGAGGGUGCCAAAGAUGGGAAAGGCCGAGGUCGCCAGGUCAUUGCAGUUGCCCGAACCUGCAACCUUAUCCUGAUAGUUCUGGAUGUUCUGAAACCUUUGGGACAUAAGAAGAUAAUUGAGAGUGAGCUGGAGGGCUUUGGGAUACGUUUGAACAGCAAACCUCCCAAUAUUGGCUUUAAGAAAAAGGACAAAGGAGGCAUUAACCUCACAGCCACAUGUCCGCAGAGUGAGCUGGAUGUCGAAACUGUGAAGAGCAUCUUGGCAGAAUAUAAAAUCCACAAUGCUGAUAUCACCCUGAGGAGCGAUGUGACUGCAGACGACCUCAUUGAUGUGGUUGAAGGAAACAGAGUUUACAUCCCGUGCAUUUAUGUGUUGAACAAAAUUGAUCAAAUCUCCAUUGAGGAACUGGACAUCAUUUACAAAGUGCCCCACUGCGUUCCCAUCUCUGCUCAUCAUCGGUGGAAUUUUGAUGACCUGCUGGAGAGAAUCUGGGAUUACCUUAAACUUGUGCGGAUUUAUACUAAACCCAAAGGGCAGCUCCCAGAUUAUACUUCUCCAGUGGUCCUGCCUGACUCUCGGACCACUGUGGAGGAUUUCUGCAUGAAGAUUCAUAAAAACCUCAUUAAAGAUUUCAAAUAUGCUCUUGUGUGGGGCUCGUCUGUCAAGCACAACCCUCAGAAAGUGGGAAAAGAUCAUACUUUGGAGGAUGAAGAUGUCAUUCAGAUAGUCAAGAAAUAAAAUAAAAAUCCCUCUGGUCCAUCAAUUACGAUUCCUUUCCAAAAAGACUAACUAUGGAACUUCCUGGCCUGCCAAACGGUUGAGUGGAUGCGAACACAACUGUGAAAGUUUGUGGACUAAUUAAAAUCUUUUUCCUGAGGUGGGCGGGAGAGCAUUAGCAAACACACGUGGCUUUGCACUACUGUUUAAUUGCGUCCACAUUUUUACUCUGGGAAGAGUUCAGUCAGUGGAGUUUUUUAUGCUGCCGACAUAAAUUAGGAUGCAAAUGUAAAACUCUCCCUUGUCAUCAUUUGUGGAUUUGUAUACGAAAGGGAUGGUCCUGUCCUUGUUGCUGAUGUAAAUAAAA